AUGCGUGAUGUGUUACAGUGCUAUUUCUUUGACUCUGAUGUAGGGGGCUUCCAUUAUGGCCCUGGACACCCCAUGAAACCUACCCGGAUACGUAUGUGUCACUCGCUGGUCAUGAAUUACGGAUUGUAUAAGAAGAUGGAAAUCUUCAGAGCAAAACCGGCGACCAAGCGCGAAAUGUCACAGUUUCAUUCAGACGAAUAUGUGGAUUUCUUAAACAAGAUCAAUCCGAGUAAUAUGAACUCCUACGUAAGGGAGCAACUCAAAUAUAACGUCGGUGACGAUUGUCCUGUAUUUGAUGGCUUAUUUGAUUACUGCUCCAUCUCUGCUGGGGGAUCAAUGGAGGGCGCUGCACGUUUAAGCAGAAAUAAGUGCGACAUCGCCGUGAACUGGGCGGGGGGGUUGCAUCAUGCAAAGAAGAGUGAAGCAAGUGGUUUCUGCUACGUGAACGACAUAGUGUUGGGAAUCCUUGAGCUCUUGAGAUAUCACCAACGCGUCCUCUAUGUUGACAUUGAUGUACAUCAUGGAGAUGGUGUUGAAGAGGCUUUCUAUACCACCGAUCGUGUUAUGACCGUCAGUUUCCACAAAUAUGGCGAAUUUUUCCCUGGAACAGGAGAUAUACGAGACAUAGGUAUAGGGAAAGGGAAGGGUUAUUCAUUGAACUUCCCGCUGCGCGAUGGAGUCACUGAUGACAACUAUAAGUCGGUUUUCGUGCCAGUCAUCAGGGAAGUGAUGAGUUCGUAUGCGCCUGGGGCGAUUGUAUUGCAAUGUGGUACAGACUCACUUUCCGGCGACAAACUGGGUUGUCUGAACCUUUCCAUGAGGGGGCACGCCAAUUGUGUUCGAUUCGUGAAAUCCUUCAAUCUUCCACUUCUUCUCCUCGGGGGUGGCGGUUACACCAUGAGAAACGUUAGUCGAGCAUGGGCAUACGAAACGGGACUCGCUGCGGGAGUCGAGUUAGGGCGAAAAAUACCUAUGAACGAGUACUAUGAAUACUUUGGUCCUGAUUUUGAGCUGGAUGUGAGAGCUAGUAACAUGGACGAUCUAAACACGCCAGAAUAUCUCGAAAGAGUGAAGCGAAUUGUACUCGAAAAUCUUAGGCAAAAAGGUGGCCCACCCGGAAUUCAGAUGUCAGAGAUCCCACGCCUUGCUCACGACGAAGAUGAUGGGAAUAUGGACGAGGAUCUCAUUGAUCCGAAUGAAAGGAGACCUCAAUCUGAGAGGGACAGGCGAAUACAACCCGAGGGGGAGCUUUCGGACUCGGAGGAUGAAGGCGAAGGUGGUAGACGAAAUCAUCAAGACCGCAAGCGGAACCAUUCGGUACCGCGUUCACCGAGUGCCACUGCACUGAAACUUCCAAACGAAGACAUGAUGGAGAUGGAUGGUGGUGUUAAUGCAGCGACUGCGGAACCUGCUCCCGUCCAAACAACUCUUGAUGAAGAAAACGUUAAUAUCAAUACGGAUGGGCCUCCUAGUGCCCUGCGAGACGAGCCGCUCUCGCCUCAUCCGAUAUCGUAA